CCGUGUCUGUUACAAAUGUAUUUAUCAUGUUUUUUAUCCUUAGGAGAAAUGACUGUGUAAGAGAUAAAAAAGAAGUAGAAGUCAUUAUCCGAUAUGUUCAGGAGAAUUCGCAAAUCUCACAAACAACCGAGUGGUUCUGCGGCUGCCAAGAAGGUUAAAUGGCUUCACUUUGAUAGGCUUAGUUUUUUGCAUGACAUGCAACGUGAAAACGAAACGGUAUCGAAUAUUCCUGAUCUCUCCAAAAGUUCAGAUAUUUCGCAAAACAGCACAGAAAUAUCUGUCGAUGACCACAGUGACAGUACGUCGCGAAACAGUGCAUAUACAUCACGAAGAAGCGAAAAGUCUGGAGCAGUUAUGGACAGGAUGUUGGACCUGAUAAAUGAACCCAUAUCGGUUAAUGUAACUGGAGGUCUGUCCAAUGAUGAAUUCACUGCGUUCGGAAUGAUUGUCGCCUCUAAACUGCGAGCCCUCAGUGCGAAUGCAAGCGAAGUGGCAAUGCUCGCAAUAUUGCAACUUUUGCGUGAGACGAGAAUGAAUGACUAGUUAAAGAAAAAAAUGUUAC